CUAUUAUUUGCGGUUUCGUAUCAUUGGUUUUGUCUAGGAUAUUUCUUGCUGAUGUAAGAAGGCGGCACUUCCAUUUCAUUGAGAACAGAUUGCUUGAGGUCGGCGUGGGAAGGGGUGACCGUGAGCCAACUGACCCAUCAGCCAUCAGCCAUCACCCAUUCGCACCUCCCCAUUUCCGGGCCUCUAUAUCCAUUCUGGCUCGUUUGUGAUCUUAACACUUUCAUUUUUCAUUCUUCAUUCUUUUCAGACUUCAGACUUCGCUCUCCACCACACAUCGACAUCGGUACAUCAACCUCACACUCUUCAUCUUCGUCAUCAUGUCAUCCAAUCAAGAUAGCACAGAACCUUGGGACUGCAUCAGCAGGAUUUCCGAGGAUACUCCUUCAUUAUCAUCUUCUUGGCAAGACCUGGGCGAGAGGCCUGAGGAACCUGAAAGUCAGACGGCCGAAACGGAGGGAAACCAACAAUCACAUGAGGCAGACACUGAAUCCGACGUUGGGGGGGUUCGAGGCCCACAAGUGCAGAGCAACCACAUCCAAAACCCAUUCAGAAACGUCGUGGAGAAUCAGUUGCCCGCGGCUGGUAGGACUCUACGGGGCGACUCCAUUGCAAUUGCCACCCAGAAAGUGAUCAUUGCUUUUGGCUUACCAAAAGGUUCAGUUACAAGCCGGUUGCAGAUUUUCAUAAUGGACUCAGUAUGGAAAUUAAUGGCUGCAGACAUUGCCGUCUCCUUCCUACUGUCAAUGUGCUGGAGUAGCUGA